AUGUUGGACAGAGAGGAGGAAGUUGGAACGAAGAAAAGAAAUGUGGAAGGAGCUCUUUCAGAAUGGAAUGCUACUCAUUCGCAGGUUUCUCAUUAUGUCUUCACAAAUGAAGACUUCCGGUCAUUUCAUACAACGCGCACUUUUAUUGGGCGAGUUACUUUUCAGUUGCAGGGACACCAGUUGUAUAACAGCCAUCCAUGUGUACUGCGAUUAGAAAAGAAAACGAUUCACUUUCCUUCAUGCGACAAUUCUGAUACAGAAUCGACCUGUGCAUCAUCAGCAGAGGAACCAGUUGCUCCAGAUGGUGGCUACGGAUGGAUCAUUGUUCUUGCGUCUUUUCUUAUCCAUUUCAUUUGUGACGGGAUUUCAUUUUCAUUUGGCAUCAUGUUUUUGGAAAUACAAGAAUACUUCAAUGUAACAAAAACAAUGUCCGGUAUUGUUGGAUCAAUUUUUUUAUCAAUACCUUUAUUGUCAGGGCCGCUUGCUGGAGCUUUAACCGAUAUAUAUGAUUGUCGACGUAUGACAAUUAUUGGUGGAUUGAUAGCAGCUGGUGGUGGAUUGAUAUCCUUUUUCGCACUUAGUAUUUGGCACUUUUUGUUUUCGUUUGCUUUCAUUACGGGCAUUGGCUUAAGCUUUUGCUUUAAUAGUGCUAUUGUUGCAGUCACUUAUUAUUUUCAAAAAAAAAGAGCCAUUGCAACGGGUAUUGCUGUUUGCGGUUCUGGCGCGGGCACUUUUGUUCUCGCACCAUUCAUCGAAAUGCUAUUUGCAAAAUUUGGUUGGCGUUCUUCUCUUCUUUGUAUAGGAUUUCUUUUACUUCUUAUUGUUGGUUGUGGUUUUAUGAUUAAGGAUCUCGAGUGGCCUCAGGAUACUAUAGAAUACAAGAGAAAAAAAUUCAUCGAAAAAACUGAACGUGAAAAGUUACGGUUAUCUAUGUGGAAUGCUAGUAAUAAUACCAACGUCUUCACUGUUAGUUUCAACUAUCAAAUGGAUUUUCCUUACAUUGAUUCGGUUCUUCGCCGUACCAUAUCGCUGCCUUCGAUACCGACGUAUGCAAUUCCCUUUCUGCAAGUUAUCCGUUACUCUUCAAAUAUACAAUCGGUAAAAGCAGCUGUAAAUGAACUGCAAAUACCGGUGUCAAAAAGUUACAGUAUGGGUGAAUUUUUGCGAGACCCAACAAAUGACAUAACAAGACAGCACGCAUUUACUUUUGAUGUUAACCGUACUGGACAACAUAAUUUGAUGGCGCACGAUGUCGGAGUUGUUGCAUCAUCGGGAUCAUCGUGUCAGAUUUGCUCCAAGGAAAGUUUUAACCCAGAAAAUGGCUAUUUAACGUCUGAAGUAGAUACCAAAAUUUCAAGAACCUUCCGUACUAGUGGCGAUGAUAGUUUGGAUGACAUAGUUAGCAGCGGGCAAAGCGAGCGCAUUCCUGCAAAUUUUGAACUAUCAGGAAGCUAUGAUUUUGUACAGGAUGCCACAAAGCAACCGUUGUUAGGCGACGACACUAAGAGAGGAAAAUCGACGCCACAAACAGUUAAAACCUCUGAUGGUAUUAUUCCUUCCUUUACAAACCGCACUGUUCGCAAUUCAUGCAUUGUAACUCAACUAGGUGCAGCACAAGGUCGAGUACCCGCAACUAAUGUGUUAAAUUUCCGGUGGAGAUUAAUGCCACUUAGUGUUGGUAUAUCCCGACGAAUACCUUCUGCUCCUGCUAUUUGUUGUCGCAGGAAACGAAAGCCAGGAACAAUUCAGUUGAAUAAGAUGUGGAAAUCAUUUCUGGAAUGGCUUUCUAAUGCGAAAAUGGUAUUAAUAGUUCCUGAGUUUUCUAUUUUCCUGUUAAGUACAUUCAUCCUCUAUGUAUUCUUUGAUAUACCGUACGUCAAUUUCCCGGAAUAUGCAGUAGAAAUUCAUAAUAUUACUGAGACUAAAGCGUCGUACCUGGUAUCUAGCAUUGGUCUUACAAACAUGGUCAGCAUGUUGUUUUGUGGAAUUGUUGCCGAUUGGAGUCGAACGAGUCCAUAUAUUAUUCAAAUGUAUGGAGUAUUUAUAACUUUAGCGGGUUUAUGUGUAACACUUACACCGUUUGCUACUUCCUACAUUCACUUAAUGGCACUUUGCAUUGGUUUUGGUUUCUUCAUUAGCGCAAACUAUACCUUAGCAUCUGUGAUUACUCUUCAAAUCCUUUGUUUGUAUGAUUUUCAAACCGGUUAUGGAAUUCUGUGUCUCGUGGAAGGCCUUGGAAAUCUUCUUGGUCCAGCAUUAAUUGGUUUCAUUCGCGACAAUUUAACCGGUUACGAUAACAUAUUCUUGAUAGCUGGAGCAGGCAUGAUGAUUUCUGGUCUUAUGGUUGUAACUAUCGAUGUAUUUAUAGGUACAUACCAUCCUGAUCACGAGAAGAAAUAUUCGAUAAAACAUGAAAGGUGA